ACGGGGGUGAUGGUCACGAUGGAUCGGUAGAGCAUUGUAUAGAAGGUGUUAUUUUCACACCGAAAUAAAUAACAGCAUCCACAUGGAGAUAUUGCAUAUGAUCAGAGAUGAACUCAAUAUUCAUCCAGGAUGCAUACGACUAGUAUCGUGCCAUAGAGCUGUCUGCUUGGUCCAAACAGAAUGGUUAAAAAAGGCAUGCAACAAACACAAAAUUCCUACAGCCUCCCGAUACAACCACAGCCUAUCUGAGAUUGAAUAUGAACGACUACUGGCAGCUUCUACAACCGAUGUCCCUGAACCGUGGGAGCGGAUCAGUGUAAAGGUCAUACAGAAAAGAAAUGAAAAAGUAAAAUGCUUUCCUGAGAGUUUUGGACUUCCUCAUCUUGAAAAUGGGCUGAUAGAUUCCUUGGCCUAUGUGACAGAUGAAAACUACAGACGGUCAUGGCAGAAUGCAUUUGAAAGGUUUGGAAGCUGUGGAAGAAAUCUAGAAUCAUCUACAGCACCUCCUGCAAAGCCCUUUUGUGAUUUUGUUAGAGAUGUAAUUCAAAGACUUCACAACUGUUCCAUCUAUCCACUGAAAAGUUUUGAAAACGGAAGAAGAGAAGGAGUGCCAGAGGAAGAAGAAGAACAAAAUGAUAUCUCUCAACUGGACUCCCCACACCCAAACCUCAUCCCCUUGUAUUGUGCGUUUGAAUCAGACAGUGCAUUUUACCUUUUACAGCCAUAUAUGACUUAUUCACUGCAAGACUGUGUCACUCUCAGUCCUGCCAUAUUAGGCAACUCGUAUGCCAAACCACUAUUCAUUGUGUAUCAGAUCCUCCAUGCAUUGAGGCACCUUCACAACAAGGGGCUCUCCUUAGGAAACAGGAAACUUCGUGAUAUUUUAAUCGAUAGUAAACUUUGGGUGCAGUGCAGUUAUCCUACAAUGAAAAGCUUGACAGAAGAUGUUCUUUAUGAGUGCCAAAAAGAUCCAGAUGAAAUAGCAGUAAAUGCAGAGGGGAAAGAAGUUACCUCUUCAAACUCUUCAACUGUUUUGACAAAAGGGUGCUCAACAAUUGAGAAUGGCGAAAGAGGGGAGGGAAAUGGUGCUGAAAGUGGUGCUGAAAUGGAUGAAGAUGUGGAUGAGGAAGCUGAAGACAUUUCUGAUGGGAACACAGGCAGUCAAUAUCAUGUCAGUGAAUCAGUAGUCCAUGUUGAUGUUAAGACUGGGAGUUCGGUUGGACAAACAAAUUUUGCACCACGGGCCCCAUCCAGCACUUCACAAGUGAUACAGGGUGCUUCUACACAACUGGAGAGUGUUCGGGAACAGGUGGAGUCUUCCUUAGAGAGUUCAGAUGAGCACUUUCCUGAUAUAAUUCCAGAUAAUCAUUCUGCAUUAGAGACAGAUUGUGCCAUGAGUAGAGCUUUCCUUCAUGAUGAGCCCAGUCUGGAGACAUUGCCAAAGCUCACAGAUGACUGGAUCAAUGGAAGGAUUUCCAAUUUCAAAUAUAUCAUGGCUUUGAACAAACUUGCAGGGCGGCGGAUGGGGGAUCCUAACAAUCACCCUGUCCUUCCUUGGGUGAUUGAUUUCACUACUCCCAACGGAGAAUAUCGAGAUUUUUCAAUGUCCAAAUAUAGACUUAACAAAGGCGAUGAUCAGUUAGACGUGAUGUACAAUGUGUCGUUUUCAUCUUCAGUGCCAGGGAGGACCGAGGGUUUGAUUCAAGUGCCACACCACAUAUCAGACGUUCUAUCAGACAUAACAUACUACGUCUAUAAAGCUCGGAGAACUCCCAAAGAUAUCCUCUGUACCAAAGUCCGAUCCAAGUGGGUCCCGCGUGAGUACCCCUCCAGCAUGCAGCGUAUGCAAGAGUGGACUCCAGAUGAAUGCAUUCCAGAGUUUUUCACAGACCCGAGUAUCUUUGCGUCAAUUCAUGGUGACCUCCCUGACCUUGAGAUCCCGCCCUGGUCUUCCUCGCCAAUGGACUUUGUCACCAAGCACAUGGCUAUCCUAGAGGGUGACUAUGUUUCUAGUCAGCUCCACUUGUGGAUUGAUCUCACAUUUGGAUACAAGUUGAGUGGUGCUGCUGCAGUGGAUGCCAAAAAUGUCUGCCUACAAUUGGUUGAUGAGCACACAAAUUUGACCAAUCACGGAGUGGUUCAGCUGUUUCAGAGUCCACACCCACAGCGCAACUGUGGACAGAAGAGUUUUUCGUCAUCUUUGCCGCCUAAUGUCAUGCGUAACAUGUCUUCAUACAAUUACCUCAAGUCUCUUCAUGAAAUACCACAAAAUGAGUUCGUAAAAGGCACAGGAGAUCCUUACCGAAUACAGGCAGCUUUGCAGGUGUUUAGUGAAACAGUUGAGAAAGACUUGCCAAGACCAGGCACUCCUCCUACAGAACGCAGGUUGCAAUCAGAUCCAGGUUUGGUAGCUAAUAUGAUGCCAUGGAAAGUGCCAAUCACAUUGCCUGAAAAUUACGAUCCUCUGGAGCUCUUAAACGAAGUGGAAAGAGGAUGUGGCUUUUCCACCUCAGUUCUGCAUUCCUGGCCACAAAGAAAGACCGUGGAGGAAAUUCAAACGGUACAGGCACAGAUCCAAGAUAAAGUUAACCGAGAUAUGCAAAUCCUGGGCUGUUUACUGGUUGAGAUGUUUCUUAGUGCCAAGUUGCAUGCCAUCAGCUUUGAGACCUCCUUUAAGGGAAGGUGUCGGAUUGUGAGGGGCGUAGCAAGGCAAUUCUUCCAUGAAUUACCAAGGCCUAUACGUCAUGUAGUGAAGUGGCUUCUUCAACUGAACCGAAGUCUCCCAGCAAGUGCAGCAGAUUCUAAUCUCGCCUUUCCAUACCGACUGCAGUCGCGAGAAGGUCUACCACCUCCCAAUGCCAGCAUCUUGCUAGAACCAACAUUCCAAGUCAUUUCAUUUCCUGCUUACUUCCCAGAGCUGUAUGCUUUUUUGAAAGAACUCCGAGCAGCAGAUAACAGCUUAUUUUCCCACUUCAACGAUGUUCAUGAAGUCUCGGAUGAUGGAAGUUUUUCAAAGCUGAUGAAGAAUAAGGUUGAUAUCUUUGCCAGAAAUUUUAGCCAACUUAGCCCUAAACUAGACGAGGCUGGGGUUGAACUUCUCAUGCCAUAUUUAAAGGAGUUGUUCUCAGAUCGUGCUACCAUGGUGAAUGCAGCUUGGAAUCUGUUUGGACCUGUUGCCAAACUGCUCGGUCCGACUGCCAUGUCUAAGCAUUUCCUGCAGUCUCUCACGAAACUCUACGAUGGAGAAAACACUACCCCAAAGCACUUCAAACUUUACCACAGGACAUUUUUGUUGCAGUUGCUAAUACGCCUAGGUCUGGAGGCUUUUCUCAGCAGUUUUGUGACACUCCUUAUUGAGGCCACAAGUGGCUAUAAAGAUUUCAUUCCAGAUGUGACCUCUGACCCCAGCAUGACCCACGACGACAAUGACCUUGACUCUGCUUCCAUGGAAACUGAUGAAGACACAGUAAUAAAGUAUGACUUUAUAUCUAGUGAGGAAGGAGUAGCCAGUGGCUUCCUAGACAGACAAAUAUCUGAAAUGUCAGAACAAGCAUUGCAGUUUGAUGAAAAUUUCCCAGAAAAGAUCUCAUUAGAUGGGGUGGAAGAAGAAGAUGGUGCUGUUGCAUGUCACCACAACAAUUCCACGGAUACGGAUUCCAUUGGGGAUCAGAAAUCCAUAACUAGCGCUAGGUCAGACCUUGAGAUGGAGGACAUUAAGGGUGGAGAGGUCCAAGCAGCAUCGAACCCUGCCCUAGAUGUCCCAUCUGAUGAUGCCCCAGACAGCAUAGCUGGCAGUUUAGGGACACAUUCCACCCCCUUGGUCCCUGCGCACAAAUGGGGGUCUAAAGGACCCAUGGAAGUGAAGGAAUCUGAAAUUGGAGCCCGUAAACGCAUUUCCUCUCAAACCUCCAUAAGUAGUGCUGAUCAGACACCCGAACAGAAAGGAAAACAAACAGUUCAGAGAAAGAAAUGGAGCUUGUCGUGCACCUUGGACAGCACAAUGAACAGGUCGGAGUACAAUGUACGGGAUGUUGCCACGGAGACAGUCAAGUGGCUUUCACAGAAACUGGGCCCUGUGCUUACUGCUAAACAUCUGUCACACAACUUACUACGUAUGCUUGUUCUUUGUUACCUGGAAGAGGAGCAGCUCUGCUUUGUGGAAUUUGAUGAAAUAGAUAAUGAUAUAUCUGCCUGUAAGAAAAUGGUUGUUGGAGAUCUAAAUGCCUCUAAGAUACUGGAGUCUCUGGGAUACAUAGCAGUUCUGUAUGGCGAGCAAACAGUUGCUCUGCAGUACUUUAAACACAUGUUGGAGCUGGUGUUCACUGCCAUGAAGAGACUGACUCCCCGUAGUGAGGCAGGUCUGGUCAGCUGUCUGACCCUUCUCAAAUACAUCAUCCCUUACCUGUCAGACACCACCCUCAUGGACUACUUACAGGAUGAUGGAAUGAAGACCACACGCAGCAUAUUAAAAGACAUGCUGUACCCUACCAUCGAACUUCUCUCCUCCACGACAAUCAGUUUUCCCAGUGGAGGCCAUGUGCGGAAACUCCUCUGCUACAAAGUGGUGGAUGUGAUCUACCUGAUUUGCCUGAGGAUCGGCUUUGAACAAACCAGACAACAUAUGUCUCAGGUUAUGCAGUGUUUCUUCCAAGUCUUUGACUUGGUGCAUGAAAGAAAGCACUCAGGCAACAAUGAACCAAAGAGAAGUUCUGCUACUGCCAUCCCAAACAAGAAAGAGAGCCUGACAGACUCAAAUGAACUAUUCCUGGAAAUAAAGAAGGACAGUGUCAACAAUGAGUACAAGAUAGGCACACCUGUAUGUGUUGCUGAUUUGAUAAGUCCCACAAAGUCUUUCGGCAGCUCAGGAUCAUGGCACAGACGCUCUCACAGCCUCACGCCUUUAGAACCAGUGGUGCCCCACUCUCAAGCUGAUGAAGACAACCCAGAGCAGGUAGCUACCAAGGAGAAAAUAAUGGAUGAGCUCAGGCAGACCUUUACUCCUGAGAUGGCUUAUACUGCUUACAUACCUCUUUGCCAAGUUUAUGGAGGGAUCCACAUGGAACAAUACCUGAAGAAUGAAAGCCUGAUCCGUGAGCUGUGCACGAGACAUGAUGAGGAAACGUCACUGCAGAACAAAAUGGACUACUCUGGAGACUCCAGUGAUUCUGGGGAAAGUGAUGGUUUUCUCAAUGGUGACGUUCUGCCAUCCCCUGGACAGACAAGAUGGUUUAUUGAAGGCUUCCUUGGCGAGCAAAAGGACAAGGAAGACAUAGUGACAGGUUCUUUUGGUAAGAAUGUCAAAGUGGUAGGGAACAAGUUGGCAGUGUCUUGUGAGGACGACCAUCUGGUGUCCAUGGCAGCAGUGAAACAAGAUCGUCUGCUCCCUAAAAAGAAACUUCCAGAUGUCAGGAGAUCAGUGGACAACCCUAAGCAGAUUGAUAUUAAGAAACUGAAAUGCCCUGAGAUGGAAACUGCCACAUCACGCCACCUGAAGGGCAACUGGUUGGCAUAUUGGGAGCAUGAAAUUGGAUUGAGUGAAAAGGAUACAAGGUUUAAUUUCAAACAAAUAAAAUUGCAGACGUUUUCAAAUCACACCAACUCUGUGCGCUCAAUACAUGUGAUGGACAACGAGAACUGCUUCUUCAGCGCCAGCAAGGACAAGACUGUGAAGCUGUGGAGCAUUCAGAGCUUUGGGGAUGGUUCUGCGAGGAGUCAUCCACAGUGGACCUACCUACAACACAGGAAGCCAGUGUUAGCUGUUACCUUCUUGGAAUCCAUGAGACUGGCUGCUUCCAGUGAUAGCUCAGUUCAUAUUUGGGACCCAUUUGUGGGAAUGCCAAUACGUCAGUUUGACAGCAGUAAGAACAAUCCUGUGGCAGCAUUUUGUUGCAUGUCACCACCCCAUAACACCAUAUUGUGUGGAACUAAUGAAGGAUCACUAAGAUUCCUAGAUGUGAGAGCUGGAAAGUUCAUGCAGGAAUAUAAAUGUGUCACGGGUCCAGCAGGUGUUCUUCGCUGUGUGACAGUUAGUCCGUCUGGUAACUGGGUGGCAGUGGGGUUCUCUGCCGGGGUGUUGUCCUUGCUGGACACAAGAACUGGACUGUUACUGGGCACUUGGAAGGGACAUGAAGGAGACAUAAUGAAGUUAAAGGCAUUUAAUGACAGAAAGUUUGUCACCUCUGGGGUGGACAACAUGGUUCAUUUAUGGAGGACAGAUGUGGACCAGAGAUAUAUGUGUUCUAUGAAAGGUCACAGUGAGCCUGUUCAUGGCAUCAGUUUCUACAGGAAUGAGAUGAUUUCCAUCACAGCAGGGAACAAGAUAGGAGUCCACACGUCACUGGACAGUCAUGCGAUGUUCAGCAGUACCAAACUACGCUCUGACACCUUCAAGGGAUCUUUGACAUCCAUGGCUGUCCUACCACUGAACAGAAUGUUACUGUUAGGAGCAGACAAUGGUAGUAUCAAAUUGCUCUGCUGACCUGGAUAAUUAAAAGUUCAAGGUCAUCUAGGACUUAAAGGUCAAGGACGUCUAGACUUGUAACUGCUUGAUACACUGUAUGGAUGAAAAUGUUGAAAGAUAAGUCAAUGAACAAAAAUAUGAAUGACAAUGUUAAAACAUAAGUGAAUGAACAAAAAUAUGGAUGAAAAUGUCAAAAGAUAAGUGAAUGAAAAAAAAAAUUUAUUCAUUGAAAAGGAAACUUUUGUCUGGAUCUUAAAUUCAGAUCACUUCUUCAUGGCCCUACUGUGCUUCAGCUGUGGCUGAAUGUAGUUUGCCAUUGAUAGUCUGAAUAUAAAGCAAAGUGAUAAUUAGCAAGAAUUGUGUAUUAUGGUCUACCUGCAUGUGGCAGUCAUGGUCAAUUACUAUAGCUAGGACUUGUUGUUUUAUUGAUAUUUUCAAAGAUUUACAAAUUUACACUGAAAUACAUCCAUAAUCAGUGUUUUUAUCUUGGAACCAUGGGAAAUUAAAACGUUGAAGCUAAUUUUGGUGAAAUGCUAAAUAAGGAAUCAGUUUGAUUUUGAAGAGAUGUUAUGUGGCAGUAUAUGAGUGGUGUGGUAUUAUGGUGCUAAUUUUAAUAGGAAAAAAAUGUUUAGAUUCAUUAGCUGUCUUUAUGGUGCCCAUAGUAUUUGAUGUAAAUAUAGAUAUAUGUACAACUUAAUAUUGUAAAAGUUUUAUUACUGCAGUGUAAAUUGUAUUUUUAAUUUAUUUCGUAAAUUAUUUCUGUCAUUUCCAUAUAAGAUUGAAAUCAUGAUGUUAAUACUCCAAUUAAGGCUAUAAUAUUAAUUUCACUUUUUCAAAUUGUUCAUUUCUUAGGAAAGGCAAUUAGACUGAGGUUUGUCAUUCCAGUUGUUUUGUAUCCCAAUGAUAUUGCCUCAUUUGCAAGAAAGUAAAAUGAAUAUCAGACCUGUUUAUUUCUAGUGGGGUGCACAAACAAAUCCUGUCAGAGGUCUUUUGCCUACAUUGCAUUGCUGUUAAUCUUUGGAAUAUUUUGAACCUCUGACAUAAUACAUUAUCUACCAUCUGAUGUUUGGAAUGUGUCACCAUGCAAUUGCAUAUAUAUAUAAACCCUGGUAAUGUUUCAUUGUAUAUACUAUGUUCAAUAUCUUGAUUUUAAUACUCUAUGAAUGUUACUGCACUGUCACAAUGGUUUUCAAGUGGUAAUUAAGAGCAAAUAUUAUCAGAUUCUAUGACUUUAUUUUGUUACUUUGGAUAUAAAGGUUAAGCACAUUCUGUAUUACUGAUACAAGACCAGUAGUUAUCAUUGCUGUUUUUAAAACUUACCUCAAACAAAAGAGGAUCAUGGGACAGCAUCCUGCCCAUCUUCCCCUUUUAAAACAAAAUAGCAAAUCCAUUACCCCACCCACCCAACAUUCUCUAAAGGUGAGAAAAAAGGCACACUGAUCAUAAACAUGUUUUACAAUUACAUACUGCAGUAUGCCCCAAAUCAUAUCAUUUUAACAACCCUGCAUAGUGGGAGAGGAGGAUUGUCGGUGGGGUAAAGAAUUGGCAUUUUCAACUUUAUAGGCAAUCCUUUGGGUUUGUUGGUGCAUAAAAUGAAGAAGUAAAUGGCUUACAUAAUUUAUUGUCAGUAGACAUUCCAUUUGUUUCAGUUUUCCCUAUGAUUAAACAUUCAGCGAUUAGUUAAUUUGUCAGCGAAUUGUGAAGCAAGAUAUACAUGUUAAUACAUAUCAGUACGUAUAUAUUUGUAUGUGUGUGUUAGAUUCUUUGUGAUUAAAAAUCAAUUUAUCAGAAUGGAGGAUCAAGGAGAGUUAAAGAAAUUAAUAAACAGCCUGAAUUUGGCCUAACCUUGUCUUUAAUUAUUACUGAUAUCAUUUUUCACUAUCAUUGAUUAGGUACCUAAUUAAAGAUUGCUGCUGAUUAUACUGUGAAGCAUUAUGUAAUAUUGCAUCAAAAUUGAAGAAAACCCUGUUCUGGGCACUAUUGCCAUAAUUAUUCUCAAAGUUACAGAAAAGAUUAACCAGAGUGAAAUGCAGAUUGAAUUGGAAAAACAGCCCGAUUUGAUUCUUAUUUGGGAGUAAUGCAGUUUUUGUGAAAUGUUCAUUUUUCACGUUGGCAUUUUCAAUGUGGGACUUCCCACGAGCAUGGUAGUUAUACAUUUUCUGAAUGUCCAUGGUAUGUAUAGUAGAUAACUAAAAAAAUGGUAUUUAUUAUUCAGUUAAUCAGCAUGUAAUAUUGCUUCAAAUGGACAAAAAAAAUCUAUUUUGUGCACUGCCACCCAAAUGCUCGGAAAGGAAAACAGUUUUGUUUUCUAACUUACAAGAACAAUCCUUAGGAUUGAAAUACAGUUCAAUUUGUUAAACCAGCUUGAUAGGAUUAUUUUUUGUUGAGUUUAUGCAAUUUUGUGAAAUUUUCAUUUUUCUCAUUCUGGCAUUUUCAAUGUGUGAACUCUCCUGCGCCCGAAGCCUAUGCUAGCUACAUGUUCUUGAUAUCCAGACCGUGUUACCUGUUAUCCAUAUAUUUAAAUUUUGGUGUUGAUUUUACUGUAAAGCAAUAUAUAAAAUUGCAUACCAUUGACUAAAAACCUAUUGUGUGCAUUAUAUUUUGCCUUUAUGUCUUUACAUUUAACAGCUUUGCUGAAUAAUGAGCGCUAUGAAAUUUUGUUGCCUGUGAAUUUCACAAAAAGUUACAAUACUGAAAUGGUUUUAGAAGCAAACAGAGUAAGGAGUGGGUAUUGUCUGCGGCAAGAGUUUAAAACAACACUGAUAAUCCUUUUGCUACUGCGCGGAUUGCAAAACAUUUCCAGAUCGUAGUAGUACGGUAUACUGCAAUGCAGCAAGGCAGUCGUGUCAACAUUCCAAGGUUCUGCACUGAUUACCAUUUUCAAGUUAGGCAUAUUUUAUCCACUGAAUUUGUCUUGCGCUUUAUCUACCUAUGAAUUAAAGUUAAUAUAUUUUCAAGUCUGUGAUAUCCCGUGAAAUAGUGAAGUUUAUACGCCUAACCAUAUAAGGCAAGUUCUUGCUAAGGCAGUCCGCAGUCACGUGGUAAAGAAGGCAUGUCUGACGAUUUACAUCAUGUAAGUGCGCACAUAA